AUGGAGGACACUAGACAUCUGUCCGACGGGAUAAUCGAACUUGCGCCCCGCACAGGAACUUCAUUCCUCGUCAACAAAGGUCAACGUCUGGUGGUCAUUGAUCCAAAAGGCGGCCAAGUCUCUGACCUCGUGGUAUUUAAUCGGGAGGACACUGACGAAGUUAUCUCAAAUGGGCGCACCUUCGACUACGCAGACACCAUAUACCUGACAACUGGCCACCCACUGUACUCAAAUCGCAGUAAUGUCAUGCUCAAAAUCGUCGACGACACUUGCGGACGCCACGACUUUCUACUUACCCCAUGUUCCAAAGAUACCUUCCGAAUCAUAUAUGGACACAAGGAGCCGCACCACGGAUGUUUCGGCAAUCUUUCCUUGGCGCUAGGGAAAUAUGACAUCCCACCGGACCGGAUCCCUUGCGCCUUCAAUUGCUUCAUGAAUGUGCCUGUUGACGGCAAGACAGGCAAAUUCACAGUGAACCCACCGAUCAGUAAGCCAGGUGAUCACAUUGACUUUGUCGCGGAGAUGGACCUUAUCGUUGCAAUCACUGCCUGUUCAGCUGGUAAAUCCAAUGGAGGAAGCUUCAAGCCCAUUCAAUACAAGAUAGUCUAG